CUGUUUACAAUUUAUAUUAAUGAUCUCUCUUCAGCAUGUGAGAAUAUAUAUCUUUUUGCGGAUGAUGCAAAGAUGUUUAAAAUUAUCAAAUGUCCAGAUGACUUGAAGUCCAUGCAACUAAAUGUGAUCAAUAUGCAAAAUUGGCUAAAUGUCUGGCGUAUGAUUCCAAAUGUAGAUAAAUGUUGCGUAUUGAAGUUCGGAAAUAAAUAUAAUAAUAUUUAUGAAAUGUGGGAUUCUGCCCAGGUCAAACAAGUGAUCCAAGUAGUCAAAGUAAUAAAAGACUUGGGUGUGUUUGUUGAUGAUAAACUCACUUUUAGAGAUCAUAUAUAUAGUAAAGUUAAGUUAGCCAACACAAUGUUGGGCAUCAUAAACAGGCAUUUUAGACUUAUUGAUAAAGAAGCUUACCUAUGUUUCUACAAAGGCUUGGUCAUACCACAUCUAGAGUAUGCGGUACAGGUUUGGUGCCCA